UAUCCAUAGUAGGGGCUUCGAGUUAGUAGGGGAAACCACCCUACCUUUACUUAGUUAUUACGCUCCAUUGCAAUCAAACCUUUUGUUUUUUGGGCACAUGAUGAUAAUCGUGUGAAGGUGGGCAUUCUCAGGGUCAAAAUUGAUUGCAUAUAUUAUUUGAACUUGUUUACAUUUGAUCCUUGCACAAGGUUGAGUAUCGAGUUGUGAAUUGUCUUUCAAGAAAAGGAGAUUUCGUAAUUUAGUUACACUCUUGAGCAACACAAUCCAAUUUAUAUUUUCCUAAAGGCUUUCUUUGAUCCCAACAUCUUGGGGAAUAUGCCUUCUGGAAGUAAUGUUUCUUCUAGCCACAGUCCUAGCAGGCGUCUUCAGCGAAAAUUAAACAUAAAGGUGUCUGACUCACUACCAACUGGUGAUACAAAUGGCAUGGGUUUACCUCAAAAGAGGGCAAAGUGCUCACAGAAAUCUGAAUCUUUUUCCAAAAUUAAUUUCAUUCAGACAAAUGACAUAUUGUCUGCUGCCAAUCCUCUGGUUGGAUUUAGUAAUAACAGGUCAGCUGUUGAGGAUUCUAACAAUAUACGUCCAAAGAUAUCAGAUACUGCAGAAGAUAAGAGAGAAAAGGCUGCAUGUGCCAAAGUGUACCGUAGGGAAUAUAAUAAACGACUUUUUUGUGGAUCUGCAAGAGGCCAUUUUAAGGGUCAAUCAACUAAUGAGAAUCAUAAUGCUUCUACUUCAGGAAGAUCAUUUUGUAUGACUAAAGAGGACUUUUCAGAUGCUGGUAAAUUUGCACCAGGCAACUCAAUUUCAAGUACAGGCAUGGACAUUGGUAGAUGGUGUGAAUCAAUUUUGAAGAAUAUGGGAAAAUUUCGUUCCUCUUCUCGAACCUGUGGAGAUAUUAAACAUCCAGGUGUUGUAGGUGAUGGUAUGAUGGAUCAAAAAUGUAAAAAAUGUCAUAAUAUGGAAGAUAGGGAAACUCUGAUAUGUGAUAUGUGUGAAGAAUCAUUUCACAUUUCUUGUUUGAAACGCAAGUUUAGAGCAGAGGGUGUUGAGGAUUGGUACUGUCCUACUUGUCAGAUUGAAAGAAAAAAAUGUCAGCUUGAAAGAAAAAAAAUUCAAAUUGAAAGAAAAAAAUAUUGUUUCAAUUGUAGAGAAAAAUGUACAUAUUCUUAUAUUUUUGAGCAAAUGUUUGAUGAGAAUGUGGAGUACAAUAACAAAGUUCGUAUUGGUAGCAAGUACCAGGCGGACAUCCCUGAGCAAAUGGGUCAGCCUUUAGAGUAUUCAGGAAGCCCAUUUGUUGGUAACAUUGCACUGUUAGAGGAGACUGAGAGGGAAAAUGCAGAAACAAACUUUGAGAAUUGGAUAUUUCAGAAUAAAUGGCAAACUGCAAGUUCUCUGUCACCAAUGUCAAAAGAAAAUUGGCUUAAAUGUAAUACCAUCAUUUACCAUAAAGGGGAUUCAUGCCCAGGUGGACAAAAUGCAGAAACAGACAUUUUGUGUGGAAAGUGGCGCAGAGCACCCCUAUCCAAAGUUCAGAAUGAUGAAUGGGAAUGUUCGGAUGCUGUAGUGUGGGAUCCACAUCAUGCAGAUUGUUUUGUACCACAGGAACUAGAAACAGCAGAGAUAGAAAGAUGUAUGGAAGAAAGAAAACGGUCACUUGAAGUUGCAAUGGUGCAGGAACAAGGAAGGCGUAGGGUACGCCAUUGCAAAUCAAGAUAGGGGAAUACAAGAAUAAGGGUAUGUCUGUAUUAUAUAUGUAAACAUAUUGACUCCGGAGGAUGUGGGUAAAGGGACAGGGUUCUCAUCCCUAUACUGAAAUCUUCUGGUGACUAUGUUGUUUUAUUAAUAGCCUGGGAUGAGCAGCAAUUUUAAAGUGAAUGAGGAAAUGGGAAAACCAUUUCAAUGAUCAAAUUUUAGCAACAGAAAUCCUAAAAGAAACUGCAAUGUGGCUAGUUGGACUAAUAAUUUUUUCUUGUUAUUUGAAUAUUUACCUGAUUCAGGUGUUGUCUGUUAUAUGAAUGUUGCAAAUCUUACAGUGGAACAACUCCGACCCAGGAAAAAUUCAGCCAGGCAAAGAGUAACAGUUGACAUGGAACUCUGCAAAAGCUCAUAAAAAUAUUGGCAACAACUCAACAAAGAAUUGAGAGAUUUCUAAUUUGAACUUCCUAAUUCAGAAUGAUAAUGAAUUUUCUUAAUUGAUUCAUGUAAAUUAUAUGUUGAGUCCAAAAUUUGGCAAUAACUUGGCAAAAUAUAGAAUCUGCUUGUUUUGCUAGAGUAGUGUGAAACAUGGGAGUAGUUGACUAGUCUAGGAUUUUAUUGAACUGUAACUAUUGCAUGUGCAAACAAAAAAAGUGAUUCAUCUGGGGCUUUUGGAUGAGAGAAUUACUGAGUUAUUUAUCUUUUGAGGCUACCAAAUUUAAACUUUUUCUAUUUUUUGGUAAAAUCAUAUAUUGAUUUUGGCUCUGUUCAAAAUCUAUAUGUUGAUAACUAUUACCAA